GGCGGCGGAGGCGCACAGCGUGGGUUAGCGGCAAGACGUCGUCGCAGGAAAAAGCCCAAGGUGCUGCCGUUGCUGGUCCAAGUCGGAUUCGGUGUCGCCAGCGCCAGGCCUGUACAGCCCCGUCCUCGCCCCCGCUAGCCCCACAGGAUGGAGCCGGCCACCGUGCUGCCCCCGGGCCCGCGCCCGGCGAUGCCCCUCGGGGGCCCGGGCCCGCUGGGCGAGUUCCUGCCCCCCCCCGAGUGUCCGGUCUUCGAGCCCAGCUGGGAAGAGUUCGCGGACCCCUUCGCUUUCAUCCACAAGAUCCGGCCCAUCGCAGAGCAGACCGGGAUCUGUAAGGUGCGCCCGCCGCCGGAUUGGCAGCCACCAUUUGCAUGUGAUGUUGAUAAACUUCAUUUUACCCCACGUAUCCAGCGGCUGAACGAAUUGGAGGCUCAAACUCGUGUAAAAUUGAAUUUCCUGGACCAGAUUGCAAAGUACUGGGAGUUACAGGGAAGCACUCUGAAAAUUCCACAUGUGGAGAGGAAGAUCUUGGACUUGUUUCAGCUGAAUAAGUUAGUUGCAGAAGAAGGUGGAUUUGCAGUUGUUUGCAAGGACAGAAAAUGGACCAAAAUUGCCACAAAGAUGGGGUUUGCUCCUGGCAAAGCUGUGGGCUCACAUAUCAGAGGGCAUUAUGAACGAAUCCUCAACCCCUACAAUUUAUUCCUGUCUGGAGACAGUUUGAGGUGUCUACAGAAGCCCAACCUGACCACAGACACCAAGGACAAGGAGUACAAACCCCACGAUAUUCCCCAGAGGCAGUCUGUGCAGCCCUCAGAAACAUGUCCCCCAGCCCGACGAGCAAAACGUAUGAGAGCGGAGGCUAUGAAUAUUAAAAUAGAACCAGAAGAGACUACAGAAGCCAGAACUCAUAAUCUGAGACGUCGAAUGGGUUGUCCAACUCCAAAAUGUGAAAAUGAGAAAGAAAUGAAAAGUAACAUCAAACAAGAACCCUUUGAGAAGAAAGAUUAUAUUGUAGAGAGUGAGAAGGAAAAGCCCAAGAGUCGAUCUAAAAAAACCACCAAUGCUGUGGACCUGUAUGUCUGUCUCCUGUGCGGCAGUGGCAAUGAUGAGGACCGGCUUCUCUUGUGUGAUGGUUGUGAUGACAGUUACCAUACCUUUUGCUUGAUCCCACCUCUCCAUGAUGUUCCCAAGGGGGACUGGAGGUGUCCUAAGUGUUUGGCUCAGGAAUGUAGUAAGCCACAAGAAGCAUUUGGCUUUGAACAAGCAGCCAGGGACUAUACCCUUCGUACUUUUGGAGAAAUGGCAGAUGCGUUCAAAUCUGAUUACUUCAACAUGCCAGUCCAUAUGGUUCCCACAGAGCUGGUUGAGAAAGAAUUUUGGCGACUGGUAAGCACUAUUGAAGAAGAUGUCACAGUGGAAUAUGGAGCUGAUAUUGCUUCAAAGGAAUUUGGCAGUGGCUUUCCUGUCCGAGAUGGAAAAAUCAAACUUUCACCUGAAGAAGAGGAAUAUCUUGAUAGUGGCUGGAAUCUGAACAAUAUGCCAGUGAUGGAGCAGUCUGUCCUUGCUCACAUUACUGCAGACAUAUGCGGCAUGAAACUGCCUUGGCUGUAUGUGGGAAUGUGCUUUUCUUCCUUCUGUUGGCAUAUUGAAGACCACUGGAGCUAUUCAAUCAACUACCUGCACUGGGGUGAGCCAAAAACCUGGUAUGGAGUCCCAGGGUAUGCUGCUGAGCAACUAGAAAAUGUCAUGAAGAAGCUGGCUCCAGAGCUCUUCGUGUCCCAACCCGAUCUCCUGCAUCAGCUUGUGACCAUCAUGAACCCCAAUACCCUGAUGACUCAUGAAGUGCCUCUGCCAUUAGGCCGACAGUGUGUGGAACAUUAUCGCUUGCUUCACCGCUAUUGUGUGUUUUCCCAUGAUGAGAUGAUUUGCAAGAUGGCUUCCAAGGCUGACGUCCUGGAUGUUGUAGUGGCUUCCACUGUUCAGAAGGACAUGGCCAUUAUGAUUGAGGAUGAGAAAGCUUUAAGGGAAGUUGUCCGUAAAUUGGGAGUAAUCGAUUCUGAAAGAAUGGAUUUUGAGCUGUUGCCAGAUGAUGAGCGACAAUGUAUAAAAUGCAAAACUACAUGCUUCAUGUCUGCCAUCUCCUGUUCUUGUAAACCUGGCCUGCUUGUCUGCCUGCACCAUGUAAAAGAACUGUGUUCCUGCGCUCCUUAUAAAUACAAACUUCAGUAUAGAUACACUCUAGAUGAUCUCUACCCCAUGAUGAAUGCAUUGAAGCUUCGAGCAGAAUCUUACAAUGAAUGGGCCUUGAAUGUGAAUGAAGCUUUGGAGGCAAAGAUCAACAAGAAGAAAAGCCUUAUUAAUUUCAAGGCUUUAAUUGAAGAAUCGGAAAUGAAGAAAUUCCCAGACAAUGAUCUUUUACGUCACCUUCGCUUAGUCACACAGGAUGCAGAGAAGUGUGCCUCUGUUGCCCAGCAGUUGCUUAAUGGCAAAAGACAGACGAGAUACCGAUCUGGUGGAGGAAAAUCCCAAAAUCAGUUGACAGUGAACGAACUCCGACAGUUUGUGACACAGUUGUAUGCUCUUCCUUGUGUCCUCAGUCAAACACCAUUGCUAAAGGAUCUCUUGAAUCGUGUGGAAGAUUUCCAGCAGCAUAGCCAGAAACUACUCUCUGACGAAAUGCCUAGUGCUGCUGAGCUGCAGGACUUGCUAGACAUCAGCUUUGAAUUUGAUGUUGAACUUCCACAGCUUGCUGAGAUGCGAACUCGUCUGGAGCAGGCCCGUUGGCUGGAAGAGGUGCAGCAAGCUUGCCUGGACCCCAGCUCCCUUACUUUAGAUGAUAUGAGACGUCUCAUAGACCUUGGGGUAGGGCUCGCUCCAUACUCAGCGGUGGAGAAAGCCAUGGCCCGGCUGCAAGAACUGCUUACAGUGUCAGAGCACUGGGAUGACAAAGCCAAGAGUCUUCUCAAGGCCAGACCACGACAUUCGUUGAGCAGCCUUGCUACAGCAGUAAAGGAGAUUGAGGAGAUCCCUGCGUAUCUGCCCAAUGGUGCAGCCUUGAAAGAUUCAGUGCAGAGAGCCAGAGACUGGCUUCAGGAUGUGGAGGCCUUGCAGGCUGGAGGACGUGUACCGGUAUUAGAUACACUCAUAGAACUUGUUACAAGAGGCCGAUCUAUCCCGGUACAUCUGAAUUCUUUGCCAAGACUGGAAUCACUAGUAGCUGAGGUUCAAGCUUGGAAAGAAUGUGCUGCUAAUACAUUCUUGACUGAGAAUUCUCCGUAUUCUCUCUUAGAGGUGCUGUGUCCUCGAUGUGAUAUUGGCCUUUUGGGAUUGAAAAGGAAACAGAGAAAGUUAAAGGAGCCUUUGCCAAGUGGGAAGAAGAAAAGCACCAAACUAGAGACUCUGAGUGACCUCGAAAGGGCUUUAACUGAAAGCAAAGAAACUGCUUCAGCUAUGGCAACUCUUGGGGAAGCUCGCCUAAGAGAAAUGGAAGCCUUGCAAUCUCUCAGAGUCGCCAAUGAAGGGAAAUUGCUGUCACCUGUCCAAGAUGUGGAGUUGAAAGUCUGCCUAUGUCAGAAGGCCCCAGCAACCCCUAUGAUUCAGUGUGAACUCUGCAGGGAUGCUUUCCACACUAGUUGUGUGGCAGUACCCAGUACUUCACAAAGUCCCCGAAUCUGGCUUUGUCCCCAUUGUCGAAGGUCAGAGAAACCUCCCUUAGAGAAAAUUCUGCCCCUGCUGGCCUCCCUGCAGCGCAUCCGAGUUCGCCUUCCUGAGGGAGAUGCACUUCGGUAUAUGAUUGAGAGAACCGUGAACUGGCAACACAGAGCCCAGCAACUGCUUUCAUCAGGGAAUCUAAAAUUUGUGCAAGAGCGAGUGGGCUCAGGACUGUUAUCCAGCAGAUGGCAAGCCUCUGCGGGACAGGUGUCAGAGACAGGCAAGGUAUCUCAACCUCCUGGCACAACAUCCUUUUCUUUGCCUGAUGACUGGGACAACCGCACCUCAUAUUUACACUCCCCCUUUUCUACUGGACAGAGUUGUAUCCUCCUCCACGGCAUCAGUCCGGAAGUGAAUGAACUGUUGAUGGAAGCCCAGUUGCUCCAGGUAUCCCUUCCUGAAAUUCAGGAACUUUACCAGACUCUCCUUGCAAAGCCAAGCCCUGUUCAGCAAACUGACCGAAGCUCACCAGUUAGACCCAGCAGUGAGAAGAGUGACUGCUGCCGGGGAAAGCGAGAUGGAAUCAACAGUCUUGAGAGGAAACUGAAGAGACGCCUGGACAGAGAAGGCCUCUCCAAUGAGCGGUGGGAUCGAGUCAAGAAAAUGCGGACCCCCAAAAAGAAGAAAAUAAAACUGAGCCUCCCCAAGGACAUAAACAAUUUCAAGUUAGAGAGGGAGCGUAGCUAUGAGUUAGUCCGCUCUGCUGAAACUCAUUCCCUGCCCUCAGACACAUCCUAUUCUGAGCAGGAGGACUCUGAGGAUGAAGAUGCCAUCUGUCCAGCUGUGAGCUGCCUGCAGCCAGAAGGAGAUGAGGUGGACUGGGUCCAGUGUGAUGGCAGCUGCAAUCAGUGGUUUCAUCAGGUCUGUGUUGGUGUUUCUCCAGAGAUGGCAGAGAAAGAAGACUACAUCUGUGUGCGCUGUACUGGGAAGGACGCACCAAGCCGAAAGUAAAAACAAAACAAACACCCCCACUUAAUGUAAUUCAAGACUCCAACCAAGAUGAUUUUCUCAAAUCUCAGCAAAGCUACAGGACUGGUGUCCAAGCCAGCCUGUACAUGGUGCUAUUUCUAUUCCUUAUGGGAUCAUUUUUCCAGAACUCUUUGAAAAAAAGAAAAAAACAAUGAAAAAAAUUUUUGACACUUUUUGUAUUUUUUUCCUUAAGAGCUGUUUGUGGUUGUUGAGGUUUGAAAUGCUGACUGUUUUUUGCAGGGGUUUCCACCAACUUGGAAGGCAUUGAAGCUUGCACCUUUUCAUGUACAGCAUUAAAAUUGUACCUCUGUCUGGGAUUUACCGUUCAACUCAGUUCCGUGCCCAGAAGGGGCACCAGAAGUUCCAGUAAAUCCUCAAUUGAGGAAUCUUUCCCUUGUUUACUCUGUUACCAUAUUGGGGAAUUUUAAGUUUUUCACUUUUGGGGUUUUUGUUUGUUUCUUUAUCUACUUUUCUUUUUUUCUGGUAGACUAGGUUUAUUUAUCUGAGCAAUAACUUCUAUGUUGGUUUCAGUGGCUGGAAUUAAAACAAAACAAAACAAACUUCUGAACAGUGUGUUGGUGCUUUAGCAAUUGGUUGAUGUACAGAACGCAGGUGUCUAGUUUCUAGUGUCACUGAUGAACUAGUGAUGUAGAAAAGAGACUGCUCUGUAAGUAAUUGCCACAGCUGUAUUUUGGCUUCCUCCCUGCCCAUUCCUUCCUCCCCUCUUUUUUGGUAGCUUGUAUCAAAUGUUGCAGUUUAUAUUGUGGAAUAAAUCCUUGGUCCUAAUAUAACACUAAAUGCUGGUUAUUUAGAACCAUUAGAUUAUAGCUUCUUCUGCCCCUCCACCUUGUGGGCUUGCAGAACCAGAAGAGCUUGCUUGCUUUGGCUUCUGUCUACCCAACCUGCAAUAGCAGUGAACGUCAGGCUGCAGACAACAUGAGGGGAGUCUCGUUCUGUAGCCUGCCCUUUUUGGUGGCCCAUAUGACUCUAGGCCCUAUUAGUAAAGAACCUCUCAGUUUUUGAAGACUAUAACCUGCCCCAAAGCGAUUCUCUUCCUAAAUAGGCUCUCUGAGAAGGUUGGUGAAUCACUCCAUUGCUCAGAUUAGACCUUCUUAUGGAAAUGACACCUUUACUAUAUUUUACUUGACAGGGAAAGUUGGUUUAGGGUUAAGAGGUUGGAAGAAAAUCAAAGGAAGAUUCAUCUUCAUGGAGAGUCAGGUUUAGCAUGAGUCAAGGGAAAACUUUUAAACACCCAAGCUCUGCUUUUCUGGUCUCCUUUCCUGUCUGUCUCUAACUUUCUGGAUCGUCACUGGUUGUGGAUAGCUCAUAGCCAUUUUCCUUCCUUUUCUUUUUAAUGGGAUCAGUUCUGCAGUGGAGAGGGCAUCCUGGUGAACAGAACACUCUUUUUUCCUGUUCUGUUGCUGAUGUUUGUUUUCCUCACAUCCUAUAGCCAUAAACCCGAAGGUGGGUCGAACAAGUGGGUCUUGAAUGAAACACCACCAACAGAAACCAGUUUGUGCUGUAGCAUAGAUUUAAAUGUACUGUCCGCUUUUAUGGAAUUCAAAUAAUUAAAUCUCUUUAAGAAUGA